ACAUCAAAACACAAAAAACUGUCCCACUAAAGUUGACUGGGCAAGCGUGAAAAUUCCAUUGCUUUGUUGAGUGUAUGAGUCGUAUAUAGCUGCAUCAUCCACCCUUUCAAAUUUCUAUUUCCAAAAUUCUCCAUUAUUAUUCCACAAGGAAACUGCACUGUAAUUAACCCCCUUCAAACCCCUUGAAGCUCCCAAGGACCCUCUCUCGCUCUCUCUCUCUCUCUCUCAUAUUUAAUUUCCUAUUACUGCUACACACUUUCACAUAUAUUAUAUAUGUGUAUAUAUAUAUAUAUAUACACAAACUCAUAUAUAUAUAUAUGUAUAUAUGUAUAUAAUUAGACCAAUCAACUCCAACCCAAGUUCAAUAUCAUCAUGUUGAAGGAGUACAAUCACUAGCCACUGAUGAAGAUGGAGAUCACAGUGAUAUCAGCCCAAGGCCUCAAAACCACCUCCCCUACUCUCUUCUCAAACAAGAUCAGACCCUUCAUUACUCUCACCACCACCAACGGUGAUCACAAGUGCCACGUGUACAGCACAGGGGUGGAUGAUGAAGGAGGUAUCAACCCUACAUGGGGUGACAAAUUUCAUGUCCCUCUGGACACAAGCUUCUUCACAAACAGGUACUCUUGCAUAUAUCUGCAGCUUUACAGCAAGCGGCUCAUAAUGGGCCGGACCCAGUUGGGCUGGUGCCAAAUCUUGGCCCAAGAUAUUGGGUUUCCGCCGGCCGGUUCAGCACGGUACUUGAGUUACCGGCUACGGGCUAGAGACGGUUCCAGGACCAAUGGGAUUGUGAACCUUUCUGUGAUGUUGGAAAAUUUCGGUCCGGUCAGCGGUCAUGGGCAGCCAAACUCCGUCGAUGCGCCGUCAUUUGGCAUGUGUGGCACAUUCAUUGGUACACCGGUGACAGCUCUACUGCCACCUUUGGGUGAGUGCUCUGUGAGUUGUGACGGGCAGUUAGAUCACGUGGGUUUUGGUUGUAAAGAGGCACAUAGAUGGGCCACGUGUGAUUCUGAAGGACUUGAUGACCCUUCAAGAAAUUGAGAGAGUAUCUCAACGCGCGAGUAUUACCACUACAUUAAUUGAUCAAGUUUUCGAAAAA